AUGGAGCAACGUUUAAAACAUCAUGCAUGCAAAUUAUCCUUCAUUCUAUUGAUACUUUUCCUUGCUAUUCCAUCUUCUUCUUCGUUUGAAUUGCAGCCUCCCGUGGCCGACUCGACGUACCUUCACCUCAACUACACCGCAAUAUCUGAUUUUCGAGUGCUCAACCGAAGAACUUUAAUUCAAUGCCCAGAUCCUAAUCCGUAUCUCCGAAUAAACGUCACCGACGAUGCUGACCUCUCCGAUGAUCAGUUCGUGACAGUGAAUGUUGGUGGAGUUUUGGUUCCAUCAGAAAGUGAUUGGAUUGCCAUGAUCUCUCCUUCCUAUUCUAAUGUGACUACUUGUCUUGAAAGUGAGGCUUACUAUAUUCAGACCGGCGAUACUAGUGCACUUCCUCUCCUCUGCCAUUAUCCUGUUAAGGCAAAGUAUGUGAGCAGUGAUCCAGACUAUCUAAGUUGCAAGAACAAAGAAUGCCAGAAAUAUGGCAACAACGGCGACUGCGAGGUCACCACUUGUAUUGGUUCCGUAUCUUUUCAUGUCGUUAACAUCAGAACCGACAUCGAAUUCGUGUUCUUUGCCGGCGGGUUCAGCACACCUUGCGUUUUGAUGAGGACCGACGCCCCUUUGAAAUUUUCUAAUCCCACUUCUCCAUUGUAUGGACAUCUCUCCAGCAUAGAUUCCACUGCCACAUCGAUGAGAUUAACAUGGGUUAGUGGAGAUAAGGAACCUCAACAAGUAGAGUACGGAGAUGGAAAAUCACAAACGUCACAAGUUGCAACAUUUUCAGCAGAUGAUAUGUGCAGUUCCGUUGUACCUAGCCCAGCAAAGGACUUUGGAUGGCAUGACCCGGGUUACAUUCACACCGCAGUCAUGACAGGAUUGCAGCCUUCAACUUCCUUUAAGUACAAAUAUGGAAGUGAUGCAGUUGGAUGGAGUGGUGAAACCGGGUUCCGGACACCACCGGCCGGAGGAUCAGAUGAACUCAAAUUUCUCGUAUUUGGCGAUAUGGGAAAGGCUCCGCUGGAUGAUUCUGCAGAGCAUUACAUUCAGCCAGGAUCAAUUUCAGUAAUAAAAGCAAUGACCGAAGAAGUUGAAAGCGGCAAUGUAGACUCCAUUUUCCACAUCGGAGACAUAAGCUAUGCAACUGGCUUCUUAGUUGAAUGGGAUUUCUUCCUUCACCUUAUAACCCCUCUAGCUUCUCAAGUCACUUACAUGACUGCAACUGGGAAUCACGAGAGGGACUAUGUGGAUUCAGGGUCUUGGUACCCAGGUCCAGACUCGGGAGGGGAAUGUGGAGUCCCUUAUGAGGCCUAUUUCCCAAUGCCAACACCAGAGAAAGAUAAGCCAUGGUAUUCCAUAGAGCAAGGCAGUGUUCAUUUCACUGUCAUUUCAACAGAACAUGACUGGACUGAACAGUCUGAGCAGUAUAACUGGAUGAAGAAGGAUAUGGCUUCAGUUGAUCGAUCAAAAACACCUUGGUUGAUUUUUACAGGACACAGGCCAAUGUAUAGUUCUCUAGGUGCUGAUGUUCGAUUCCUUCAAGUCGUAGAACCCCUUCUCCUGGAUAACAAGGUGGAUUUGGUCCUUUUCGGACAUGUACACAAUUAUGAGAGAACAUGUUCUGUCUACAAUUCUGAAUGUCUGGCAAUGCCAACGAAAGAUGGAAACGGCAUCGACACAUACGAUAACAGCAACUACACUGCACCUGUGCAAGCUAUCGUUGGAAUGGCUGGUUUCAGUCUGGACAAAUUUUCCGAUGACGCGCCUAGUUGGAGUUUGAAAAGGAUUUCUGAAUUUGGGUAUGUUAGAGCACAUGCCUCAAAGGAUGAGCUGAGCUUAGAGUUUGUGAAUUCCAAUACCAAAGACGUCGAGGAUAGUUUCAUCGUUACCAAAAAGUAAAACCCAAAUUG